AUGGAAUUUCAAAGAACAGUAGGAAUUGCCCCAAAUCCUGAUUGUGUUAAAGAAGUAGUUGCGUGCCAAUGUGAGCUCGGUAAAGAGAAAUUACUCACAGCUCCACCCUACAAACGUUUUUCAUCGUGCCCAGACGAUGAAACCAAAUCAAGAUACCCCACGGCUCCUUGUGCUCGGGAUCUAGACCAAUACAACUGCCCCAUCAGCCACAUCCUCGUCACCUUCAAAUCGCCCUUGCAUCCUAAGGAAGAGUUCAAUAAAGUCUUCCCGGCGAAUACGCCUGUCAAAUUUGUGAAACGAAAGUUAGCCAAAUUACUCUCAGUGUCAAACAGCAAUCUUUUGCUGACCAAAAAAAGAACUGUGCUCAAAGAAACUAGUGUACUAUCAGAUCUCAAAGCUGAUCCACUAGGCAAUCUUGUUAUUGAUGUAUUUACAAAAAAUUCGGAUGACUUUUCUUUAUCGUCGAUACCAAAGGAAUCAUAUGUACAUGAACUAUUGCAUUCGCUCAUACCAAAGAAAAAAGCUAUUCCAUUUAUAGCAAUCAAAUUUAAAGUUCGCAACCAAAAUGCCGUAUUUACAAGAUCAUAUCAUUCAAUAAUUAAAAUUCAUGAGAUAAAAAAGAAUUUAGCCGGUCUUUUCCAAGUAGACCCUGAUAAUGUUAUACUGAUGCGAGGAGAGCAUCCUUUGAAAGACCGUAUGGCUCUCCAUGAUCUUGAUUAUGAUAAAUAUGGUAUAACAGAAGUAGAACUGCUGAUGAAACAGAAUGAGAAACUCAAUUUAGAUAAAUUAUACAAAGAACUGCCAAUUCACGACGUGUUAAGUGUUAUGGUGCCGUUUGGUGCUACUCUUAAACAAAUUAAUGUUGAAAUUUUCUCUGAGCCUAUGAAGAAACCCUAUUUGGGCGGUUAUAGGAAUGUUCACACAGGUUUAGAAUACCAUCAUGCGUAUACGCAGACACCACAAAAACCAGAGAAAAUACCACCAGAAAAAAAGACUUGCAGAGAUACUCAGACAGCUGAAGAGAAAGAGAAGAUAUUUGAUACAAAUUAUAGUAGAGCGGUUCAAAUGAACUCUGUACAUGCCUACAUACCUAAUGUGACUGAUAGAAUUAUAGUUCCAAAGCCAUAUGAAACUUAUGAAGAAAUGGUGAUUCGCCUCAAUCACAAUCACUAUGCUAGUAUUAUUCAACGAGCUUUUAGACAUCAUCAAUUCAGGCAGAAGGUAGAGAAGUGGCUAAGUGAUUGCAGAGAAAGAAUAGAAAGAAUGAAGGAAGAAGAUAGACUUGAAAGAGAAGCUAUGGAAAGACGACUACGAAGAGACCUUGUAACAAAGACGUUCCCGAAAUCGCGAGAGGACUUCGACCAAUUAUAUGCAAUGGUUGAUCGUUGGAAACACGCAGAAAUAGCAAGGAUAUCACAAUUGCAUUCAAAAGGUCCAAAAAUAGCAGAAUUCACCUUACUCCUCGAUAAAGAAGUGGAAUUGUUAAGAUGUAUUGAGGCAUACAGGGUGAAAGUUAAAGAAGACAGUAAAAAGAUUAAAGAACAAAAAUUCUUGGAAGAAAUUUCGAAACCUGUAGCUUGGUUUGGAAGGGACGGUAAAUUGAUCACUAUGGAUACUAUAGAAAUACAGAAAGCGAGGAAACUGAAAGAGUUGUACAAUUGUUUCAUACGAGAGGACAUGGAAGUAAAUGAACGCAUGGAAUUGUUAGUCGACAUGAAAUUUGCUCUUCAAGAAUUCCGCCAUCCACUCGCCGAAGAGGUUAUAACGCUAUUAGAUAGAGAAUGUGACCUUCUUGUACGACGAUGUAAUAACUACCAGAUCGAAUUUCUGAGACGAAGAGUAGCUGCAUCGGUUCUGCAAUUGAUUAAAACUUCCGAAUUAAAUUCAGGUGUGACCAAAUGCAAAGACAUAAGAGAUUAUAAAAAGAUGGAGGAUGGUAGACUACAUUUCUGUGAAAUGUGCCAUCAAGUUAAACCUCAUACAGAUUUUCCAUUAAACUCUAAGAUGAGCGGCUUUUUCGUAUGCACCUCAUGUUCGUGGAAGGACGUCUCUGAACGUUUAUGGAUUGACAUGACUCCAUAUAAGUUUAUCCUUCGCGCAGUUCAACGUGACGAACGCCGUCGUAAAUGCUGGGGAUCUUUGGCAUUCGUUUUACAAGAGAAAGAUAUAUUUUUUAUUGUGGAAAAACUAUGGCAUUCCCAUUCCGCUAUAAGUGAAUGUAGCGAUAUGACCGAGCUAAGAUUAUGUCGGUGGCACGUUAACGAAGAUUGGUCUCCCUGGAAUUGUUUUCUGGUUACUGUUCAAGAAAUGAAAGCUCAUUUAAAACUUGAAGCACCAGAGGAAGUUUACGAUGAAGAAUUAGUGCAAAAGGUGCGUAAUAAACAUAAGUUGGCUAAGGCAAACUUCGAGCAGUUGAUGGCUGUGAACAAACGCUACACAGAAACUGGCGACUGGCAGGGCGUACGUGCUCCAGCCGUGGCGUACACUGAAGCUAUUCCACCUAUUUAGAAAACCUGUUUAGAAUCAUGAAUAAUUAUAUAUUGUUAUAGCUAUAAUAUUAAUUUAUUACCUAAUAUGCAUUACGUAUUAACACACGUAAUUUGUUGAG